CUUUGACAGACUGUGAAUUAAAAAUACACUGAAUUAAAACAAGAUAAUUAUAAUUUAGACAAUCAUAUUUGACUAACUACAGCCAUCCUCUGGAGCGCUAAGCGCCGCCCAUGCUUUCUAAUAGUUUGUUCUGUUUCUGUGAUGUGUGGCUGUUGAUGUCGGGUGUAAAACUGUGAUUACGGCAGGUGACUAGCGCUUAUCAUUCUCCAGUUAGACUUGUUUCUGUGAUUUUGUGAGCUCAGACAGGUUAGCACAGGUGAUAUCGUCGGUGAUAACAUGGCUCUACGCGUGUGCAGCACUUUUCUCCGUUCUUACUCGACCCACGGCAAGUCAGUUCUCGGUGGACUCUCAUCCGUCCGGUUCAAAAGUUCCUGUCCCAUGAACAUCAGUCAUCUGGACCACCUGGUGCUCACGGUUCGGGACCUGAACAGAACCACACAUUUCUACUCCAAGGUUUUGGGGAUGGAGGUCAUCACUUUCAAGGGCGACCGUAAAGCUCUGAGUUUCAGAGAGCAAAAACUCAACCUGCAUCAGACUGGGAAGGAGUUUGAGCCCAAAGCCAAAACCCCGACACCGGGAUCUGCUGACCUGUGCCUCAUUACCAAAACCCCUCUGACCACCGUCGCUGCCCACCUUGAGGUGACUUACACUGUUUCCUUCACAGAGUUUUGACAUAAUUGUUAUGAA